AUGAGGCUGCAGGAAGCCUAUUUGUCUCGUUACCGGAUUCUACACAACCCUGCUGAUUUGUCACUCGCUGUACAGAACUUGAGACUAGCAUCAGGACAUGCCACACAAGGCUUUCCAGAACGUCUCAAGGCAGCUUUCCGCUGGGUUGCUGCAGCAGAGGAGCACAACCAUGCAUCUGGACUGGAGGCCUACACAACAUUUUUCAACCUUUUUGACGGUCACUUGGCAACGCGAUCAUUGACAAUUUCACGACGCGAAACUGCCGCUGCCUUCUAUUAUGCCAGAUCACUGCCCGUAGUUGCAGUCUCAUGUACUAUACGUCAUAUCAAUCUACGACGGGCAGUUGAGCUCGUGGAGCAGGGCCGUGGCCAGAAGUGGUCUCUAGCUUCUCGACUCAGGACUCUAGUCGAAGACCUCGAGCCAGCAAAUUCGACACUGGUGCACAAUUAUUUAGAGCUGAGCAAACUCAUUUCCAAUGCAGCCCAGAGUUCUGCAACCAUCACCGACAGAGCUGCUGCUGAUCGAGCAGCAACGGAAUAUAGAAGACUUACAAGGCAAUGGGAAGCCGUGGUAGCUGAAAUACGCGAUCUUCCGGCGUUCUCGCGGUUCCUGCUCCCACCUUCAUACGAAGACCUCCAACUCGCAGCGCGGCAAA